GAGAGGUGGAUGUAGCUCACAGUGAGGGAGUGUCGGAGUGACGACGUGAGAGCAUCUCACUCCUUCACGCCACUUCCAUCCCUCCAUGCUGGACGCGUUGAUCAACCCGUUGCGGUUCCGCUCGGAUAUACUACAGUCCGGUCCUGAUCCAGGAUCCUGGAAGAUGGAUCUAUCGCUGCGCCUCAUCUGGCUCCACACACUGAGCGUGUUGAGCGCUGCGUCCGCCGCCACUCACUAUAACUGCAACAGUCCUUUGGUGUCCACAUUACCACUAUCGUCCUUCCAGAGCUCCUCACAGUCCUCUGUCAGCUACGCUGCUCACAAUGCCAAGCUCAACAGAAGAGAUGGAGCAGGAGGCUGGUCUCCCAUAAUGGCAGACCGGGAGCCCUGGCUCCAGGUGGACCUCAAGGACCAGAUGGAGGUGACGGCUGUAGCCACACAGGGAUGUGCUGCCAGCUCAUACUGGGUAAACAGAUACCUGCUGCUCUACAGUGACACAGGCCAGGUCUGGAAACAGUACAGACAGGAGGAUGGAGGAGGGACAUUUGUGGGGAAUGUGAAUUCAGAGGCCGUCGUCCAGAACAAGCUGUCCCACUCUGUGAGGACCCGGAUCCUGCGCUUCGUCCCUCUGGACUGGAACCCCAGCGGCUGGCUGUGCCUCCGAGUGGAGGUUUACGGCUGCUCCUACAAGUCAGAUGUGGCGGACUUUGAUGGCAGAAGUUCUUUGCUGUAUCGUUUCAACCAGAAGUCUAUGUCAACAGUGAAGGAUGUGAUCUCUCUGCGCUUCAAGAGCCGUCAGGCUGAGGGGGUUUUACUGCAUGGUGAGGGACAGAGGGGAGACUACAUCACCCUUGAGCUUCACAGAGGAAAACUGGCCCUCUACCUCAACCUAGUAUGGGGGUUGAACCCAUGA